AUGUUUGUGGAAGGGAAGGAGUUAAUAUCCAAGCCCUUUACAUCAAAGUUGUUGGCAGGUGUUGUGGAACUAUGGCUGGAGAACUAUCGAUUUACCGUUUUUUGGACAAAAGCUUUGGUGGAGCAAAAGGGUCUGAUGAUUGGUGGAAAUGUAAUUAAUAAAUAUGGAUAUACGUGGUACCGUGCCAUUACUAGUGCCUACUACCGAGGUGCUGUGGGUGCACUGCUUGUUUAUGAUGUUACCCGGCAUUCCACUUUUGAAAAUGUUGAAAGGUGGUUGAGGGAGUUGAGAGAUCAUACAGAUCCUAAUAUUGUAGUGAUGCUUAUCGGUAACAAAUCAGAUCUCCGACACCUUGUGGCAGUCUCAACUGAGGAUGGGACAUCCUUUGCUGAAAGAGAGUCUCUCUUCUUCAUGGAAACAUCGGCAUUGGAAGCUACUAAUGUGGACAAUGCAUUUGCUGAAGUUCUUACUCAGAUCUAUCGCACUGUGAGCAAGAAGGCUAUGGAGACUGGCGAAGAUGGAGCAGCUUCGGCUGUUCCAUCCAAAGGGGAGAAAAUUGAUGUUGGCAAAGACGUGUCCGCGAUGAAGAGAGUUGGGUGCUGUUCAACCUAGUGUUUUAAAUUGAGUUCAACUGCAUUGAUGGGAUGCAGCUUGUUUGUUAUGCUGCAUCCGUUUCAAUGUACAAGUAUGCUUGGUAAAUUUUCUCGAAGACCCUGGCAUUAGGAGAUGGUUUACAAUUGCUUUUUUUUUUUUU